AUGGAUACGCCGAAGACGUAUCCGGCGAAGGACUUCUUGCCGUACUGCCAGAAGAUCUGCGGCAAGUUCUCGGUGCCAUGCGACGCUGAGUUGUCCUCCGUCAUGGCUGCCAAAGUCAUGUUGGACGGCUGGGAUUUCGACAGCGCAUGGAAGCUCCCGGGAAGGGGGAACAGAGACCAGGCCUUGAAGCAUUGCGUGGAGAACAUGCCGGGCGAGGCGCUCUUGGGCCAAGUGUGGUUCCCAAAGGGACUUGAUGUUGUGGUCACGCUGGGGCCUGGUGCAGCCGCCCAUGUCCACGCCGUGCUCCGCAACUGUCGAGAGCGCAGGACGGCUGGCGAACACUGCCUCUUGGACGAGCUCGCCUAUCUCGUCGGAACGCAGGCUAAGGUCACCGGUGCGACGAUCUUGGCGGUCGACUUUGCCGAGGCGUGGCUGCUCCCGACUCAGAAUGCUAAUCUGGUGGUGCGUCUUUUUCCAGGCCUGGAAGAAGACAAAACUGGGUGGCCACGGCCACGCAUGCCUCGACUCUUUCUGCAAGACCGCUACCAACUUACACUCAGCACCUACGUCGUAGCAUCACGGCGCGUGCAGGAAGUGGUGCUGUCCUGGAUGGCACCGCCAGGCUGCACCACUUUCGGUGCAGCCCUGGACGCGGCGGGGGGAUGCGGUGGUGCGAUCGUGGAUGAAUCCGCGGGCCAGAUCCUCUACCUUGGCAUCGGCCACCACCGGGGCCACGGUCUCGCGAGAGACUUGGUCCGUGCCGCAGAGGCGACGCUGUCCGGCUUCGGGCACACGGUGUUCACCAUCGUGCCGCUGCAGCAUGUGCUCCUUACUUGGGCCCCCUAG